AUGGGGAGGAUUCUAGUUUUCACGGCAAAGCUAAAGCAAGCAUCGCUUCUAUGGCUUGAAGGAUUUUUAGAAGCUUGCUGCCUUCAUCGCGCCUUCAUCCUCUGUCGCAGGUCGAAGAAGCUACUGAUUCGAACCGGGCAGUGCUUUCUGUUGAAUGGAUUCAUAUUUUUGGGAAGUCUAUUUAUGCUGAACUCAGUACUCAUCCCAGCAUUACAAUGGAUUUUGCCUGAUAAGUGCUCAGAGAUUAGCUCCCAUGAACCAUGCUUGCACGGUGGCAUUCUGAAAUACUACUCGUUCUUACGCCGUGGCCUCGUGCAACUCUUUUACAUCUUUUGGGUCUGCCCAGUGUACCUGUUCAGUAUUAUCCUGAGCACUCUCUGGUACAAUGACAUUGCUAAACAUGGUUUCGCUGCAAUGGGAAACAAUGGACUCAACCUAUCGAAACCCUCACGCUCGGAUGAGAUAGAAGCAGAGACGAAAAAAGCUCCAAUGGAGAAGCCUCCUGGUCUCGAGGGGAUUUUCGUGGGAAUAGGGGAGCAGGUGUACUCACUAAUGCUGUUAACAUUCUUCUUGCUGCAGGUUCAUGCUGUAGGAAUCGUGCCCUUUGUUGGGAAGGCAUUGAGUUUUGUAAUGAUGUCCUGGAUGUAUGCCUACUACUGUUUCGAGUACAAAUGGAAUUUUUCUGAAGUGCCACUGGACAGGAGACUGGACUUCUUCGAAACGAACUGGGCCUUUUUUGCUGGUUUUGGCAGCCCUAGUGUUCUGGCUAUCUUUUUUGUGUCAACUUUUGUGAGCUACGGCGUGAUGGGCGCUCUAUAUCCCCUCUUUGUUCUAACUGCAACUAGCUCGAGCGCUGACCAUCUCAUUUUCUCCGAGAGGAAAAAAUGGAAAGGGAUAGGACUCCGGAGGCUGCCCAUAUUUUGUGCCGCGGAUACAUUAUCGCUUCGAAGCUUGUCCAUCCUCCCAUGGAUUCUCGACAUGAUCACCCGGAUAAUAAGUCGAGCUAAAACCUGGUUAGCUUCUUUGCGCAACAAGCUGCAAGCAAAGCGCAACACCUAG